GAUUUCAAGAAACUUGUUUGUGCGCGCCUAGUAGCAUUUCAACUGCAGAUCGGCUAACUGUCUGACGUCGGACGGAUAGACAUUGUGUUGUUGGCGGGUUGGCGCGUUAUUUUGCAUUUGUAUGUAACACAGGUUGUGUUUGCUUCCUUUGUAAGGAUGGAGGCCUUUUUGAAAGGUUAUAAGGCUGGAAUAAAACAAAAAUCUUCACUACUAAAGAAUGAUUCAAAUGGGCCUUCAAGUACCAAAAAAUCUAAAAGACCUUCUCCUUGGGUUGAAAAAUAUCGUCCGAAAUGUAUGGAUGAAGUGGUAUAUCAAGAAGAAGUAGUUGCUGUUUUGAAAAAGAGCUUAGUAAAACCUGAUUUGCCAAAUUUAUUGUUUUAUGGCCCGCCUGGUACAGGAAAGACAUCAACAAUACUUGCUUUAUCAAGAGAAAUAUUUGGAGAUAUGUUCCAUUCACGAAUUUUAGAACUAAAUGCAUCUGAUGAGCGAGGUAUUCAAGUUAUAAGAGACAAAGUGAAAUCAUUUGCUCAACAAACUGCAAGUGCUGUUCGCCCUGAUGGUCGACCUUGUCCACCAUUCAAAAUCGUUAUCCUUGAUGAAGCAGAUUCAAUGACAAAUGCUGCGCAAUCUGCAUUGAGACGUACCAUGGAAAAAGCUAGCAAAUCUACACGUUUCUGCCUCAUAUGUAACUAUAUCAGUAGGAUAAUUGAACCUAUAACAUCUCGAUGCUCUAAAUUUCGAUUUAAGCCUUUAUCACAAGAAACCUUGACAGAGAGGUUGAGUUAUAUUGCGACAGAAGAAAAUGUGAAACUAGAAGAUGGUGUCUUAGAUGCUAUUAUAGAUUUUGCAGAAGGUGAUCUUAGGAAAGCCAUUACACUACUACAAAGCUCCCAUCGAUUAAAGGGGGAUGAAGGAGUUACUGUAGCUGAUUUGUGACUUAGUGAGUCUGCUGUCCCUAUCAAAUGGAUCAAAGAGUUAAUUACUGUUUGUGAAUCUGAUAGUUAUGAAAAAUUAGAAAAAUUUGUUUGUAAUCUUAUGUAUGAAGGUUAUACAACUGGCCAAGUUAUAAAUCAGCUCCAUGAUGAAAUUGUAUUCAGUGAUGUUUUUAGUGACAAGCAGAAAUCAGCAAUUUGUGAAAAGAUUGCCAUUUGUGAUAAACGUUUAAUAGAUGGAGCAGAUGAAUAUUUGCAGUUGAUGGACCUGUGCUGUUCUAUAAUGCAACAAAUCUGUCACCCCACUGAGUAGAUUUUAUUUAAAUGUUAAGCUAAUGGAAAAUAUCGUUUCACUUUUUUCAUUAAAAAAUCAGAAUUUAAACUAGUUUUAUAUGAAUAUAUGUUUUUAAAUGUUUUCACAUUAAUGUAUUUGUAAAUAAAUGUGGAAUAGAGAAGCAAUUACCCCCCCCCCCUUAUUUAUACUUUCUUUUACAAAAUUAUAUGAAAAUGUGAACAAAAUGAAAUAAAUUUACAUAAAUUUGCAUUUUAAUAAUCAUUAAAUUAUAAUUUUUUAAAAAAUUGAUUUCAAAUUAGAAGGCGAGCUCAAGUGCUUGAUUUAAAAUCAAAAAUGCGAACUAUUUUUAUCACUUUAUUUGCAUGGGAUGAUAUGAUAGCGAGAGCACAAUUAUUGAAAUAUAUUUGUAAAUAUUCUUGGCAAAGUAAAUUCAUUAUACUAAUGCAGGGGUAAUCUUUUUAAAUUGUUCAUUUGCAUUAUAUACAUUUUCAUAUUGAAAUUAGUUUAUGUGUACAAUAAAAAAAAAAAAAAAAAAAAAAAA